UGCGCGCGCAACACCCCGUUGAGGGUCGGACCGAUGGAGAGGCAGUAACAAUAUGGAGGCUGGAGCCUUCUCCUCCGUGCACGAUUGGAUUCCAUGGCGGCUACCUUAAGAGCCCGUCAUAUUAAGCACAUCGGAAAUUACCGAAGGAUAGGUGCUUAAAAGAUGUACCAUACUGGUACACUGAACUCCAAGAUGUAGGAACAGAUCUAGAGACCGGUUUAAGGAGCGAUUAUUCUAAAAGAAGGAUCAUUGAGGAAGAGGAAAGAGAAUAUUCUAAGCCUAAUUCAGUGUUUCGAACGGAUUCUUGAAGAAAAGGACUACGGGCAUCAAACUAGGUCCCCCGGUGAUCGGGGGCAGGUGCCCUUUUCCGGGGAUAUGGGCACGGUUUAUUCGGACCCUUUCCGAUCAUUCAAAGAAAACGUCUGGCGGUUAAAAAAGGAAAUAUCAUGAAGAUGAAAAAAUAACCCUGAACAUUCCCCCUCACACAGUGUCAGAUGUCCAGUCCACCGAAGGGUGGCAGCAAUACAUCAACAAGCUUCCAAGAAACCUCUAAAUCCUCCAAGAAGAAAGAUAAGAAAUCGUCGAAGCAGCAGGACACUGCUUCGAGUGAAGCAGAUGGGCAUCCUGGUCCAUCGACAUCCAUUGCCUCCCCAUCAUCCAAAAAGGACAACAGGGAGGAAAGCAGCGGGGGGAUCAGCACCAACUCCACCCCUGUUGCUCACAACAACAACAAUCCCGACAGGGAGAAGGAGAACAAGAAGAGCAGAUCUUGUUUCUGUGUGACCUGCUGCUGCUGCAACUGUUCUUGGUUUCGAGAUUUUCUGCAGCAAAGAGCUCAACUUGCUCGUCUCACAGUACACAAUCAGGUGAAAGAGAAGAAUAACAAAAUGCAUCAGUUGUCGUCUUCGGCCGAUAAUUACCACAACGGGAACGAGUCCGUAUCACAACCAACUGUCGAAGAGGUCCGUUCUUGGGGAGAAUCAUUUGACAGGUUGAUGAAAUGUGCUGCUGGACGGCAAAUAUUUCGAGAAUUUCUGAGACUUGAGUACAGUGAAGAAAAUAUACUGUUCUGGCAAGCAUGUGAAGACCUCAAACGAGAGAAAAAUCCAGAAAUUGUUGAAGAAAAAGCAAGAAGUAUCUAUGAAGAUUAUGUGUCCAUACUUUCCCCGAAAGAGGUCAGUUUGGAUUCAAAAGUGAGAGAAAUAGUGAACAAAAACAUGAAGCAACCCACUACCGAUACCUUUGAUGAAGCUCAGUUCCAAAUCUAUACCCUGAUGCACAGGGACUCUUAUCCUCGAUUUUUGUGUUCCCCGAUGUAUAGGCGGUUGGCACAGCUGUCGCCCCCCACUCCGCCCACCCGCAAGACAUCCAUCUCUGUCGGAUGACCAUGGCUACUAUGCUACUUUUGCAAAGCAGACUUUUCGCCGUAGAACGUCCCCGUGACAUUCAGAGGCGUACAGCUAUAGGACGUCUAUCUAUUUACAUCUAUCUAUGCAUCUGUAUAUAGAUAGGUAUCAAUGUGUACAGACACACACACAUAUAUAUACACAUCAUAAAGCACUGCAUGGAUCUUGUUUGAUGUUUGGUAAGCUUUCGGGGGGGAAAAAUUAUUCGCUCGUGUCUCAAUGUUAAAUAUUAAGGAUAUUUAACAUUUUAUAUGUUUAUCUUCAUCUAUUCUUCUUCAUGUAGAACGAACUUAUCUACUGAAAGAGAAAUUUUCUGCAGCAUAUCCGAGCUAGUCUUUACGGGUGCGACAUCAUAAUACAUCAAGAACUUCUUUUCAUCACCUUUCUGCUCAAAAUAAUAUCGAAAGCAUUUUUCGUUAUAGUUUUCUUUUUUUUCUUCCGACUAGCAAGCAAUCACUCAGUAAACCUCUCGCCAAAGGAAUAUAUAUUCUGAAAGAAAAAAAAAGACUGCGCAAUAGCUUCUGAGAAGCAUUCUCAAAGUAAAAAAUUGUCUUUCAAGAAAAAUCUAUCUUCAUACAAUAGCCAUUCAAUUAAUUAAUACAUACACGGCAUCUAGUUUAAAGAGAAUAGCUAUUUUGAAUUGCCUAUAAAUAAACGCGGAUUUACUUUCAAACACAGCUAAAUUUAUGAGUGAUUUAAACAUACUGAUAUUUCCAUACAAAGCUUAGCAAUUAAAAUGAUCAGAAAUGUUACUUCCUACGUUGAAAACAUUCCACUAACACUGCAUUCCACGUAUGUAUUUUAUUUAUUCUCCAACUGACCAAUCAGUUGAGAUCGAAAAGGCAUCGACCCAUCAAAACUACUUUGAAGUUUUCAUUUCAGAAGACGUCAUGUAACCCAAUCCGAUAGAGAAUCGUUCCUCCAAUUAGAUUGAAGGAUUAAUGCCUGUGCAUAUAUGCGUUCUUACUGAUCCAUAGUAAAAGCUUUCAAGAUAAACUGCCUGGCGCGAUUGCCAGACCAAACUCGCCUAUUGGCGUAGUUCUUUCUUUUUUUAAAAAAAAUAUUUCUGAUAUGUACAAAAUGCGAAUUUCGAAUAUAUAUUACCCACUAAGAAGCAAUGCUAACUUUAAUCUGUAUUCAAAGUUCUUGGGCAAGAAUAGAAUUACUAACCCGCCUCAGGCCGCGUAGCACAUUCUUUUUUUCCAGACUAAGUAUAUGGUGUAUGAUGCAAACGAAUAACCUAUAUGGGAAACAAAUUUGAAAAUUGUGCUAUCCUUACAAGAAAAAAGAAUAUGUCACAAAUUUCAAUUAUUUUUUAACAAUCUUUUUUCUGUUAGAUGCAAGAGAGCAAGUAUUUUUAAACUAUACAUAUAUUCACUGUUGGCUGGAACGGUCACUUUCAGUUCUCGCAUCACUUUGGAAAGCGAUGUAUUGUAUAUAUUAUGGUUGUAUGUUGUUGGAACUGUCUACUGUUCAUUUGAUGCUCGUGGUUUUCUUUAAAAUUUUAAUUGUUUAUGUUUAUUAGUUUGAAUACUUAAGCUCUUUUUUAAAGACUUUUCUACGAAAUAUUAAAUUUGCAUAAUUUUGCUUACAAAUGAUAUGACACUAAUUCAUUUUGUAGUCUAUAAACACUUAAUAAUGUACUAAUAUAAUUAAAUGAUUUAGAAAGUUUUUUUUCUGGGUUGUAUAUUAAAUGAUUGAAACAAUCAAAAAGUAUUCAUCCUAGUUUUGAAUGACCAGAGUUUCUGAUUUUUUCAGUGCCAGAUGUUUAAGAAUUUUGUAGAUCUAGAUGUGUGAGGAAAAAAAAAAAAAAAAAAAAAAAAAAAAAAAACAAUUUUAAAACUCAUUCCGUAAUGUAAUUUAUCUCUAGUAAUAUAACUGUUUAUUGCAAAAUAAUAACUAGUAUUACACACAUUAAUUUCACUUUAAAUUUUUAAUUUUAUUAAAAAUCUAUUUUUUUAUAUAUAUUUUGCUCUUAUUUAUAAACGUUUAAUAAUUUAUAUACUUAAUACGAGAUUUACUAUAAUUUAUAAUUUAUGCCUGAUACUUAAUUUAUUUCGAUACAUUAUACUAGUAAUAGUUAAUUUCCUGUAAUUACAUAAAUAAUGAUUUCGAUUCAAAAAAAUUUCGGAUAAUAUUCAAAAAUUUCAUUUAAUAAUAAAUUUAUUAUGUCAUAAUGUACCCAUAAUUUAUUCUAAUUUUAUAAUUUCUCAGAAUGUACACCUUUUCGUUGUGACAAUUAAUUUAUUACCUUUUGUCUCGCAUUAAGUACAAAUAUUUUGAAUUAUUUAAAUAUGCAUACAUCUCAGAAAUUUUUUUAAGAAUACCUUAUCGGUUUUGAUACUAAUUUUUAUUUCAUACAUUCCGAAUGAAAUGCUGAAAAAAAUGCCUUUUAUAUGAAACUCUGUAAGUGGUAUUAGAUUAUUUUUCUCUAAAGUUUUAUUUAAAAUAUUAUUAUUAUCUUAUAACUUGAUAUUUUCAAUAUUUUAAGCAUUCAUUGAAUGUUUCAAUAUUAAGUUAGUUUUAUAUAUAUUUAAUGUUAAUGACAAUCAUUCAUUAUCCAUUUCAGUUAUAAACUUCUUGAACGCAACUUCCCUUUUAUUCAUAAUAAAUUUCGACCAAAAUUUA